AUGGAGGAACACUUUGGAACUAUGGAACACACCUUCAUGACCAUUCAUAAUCUAUCAGCUGAAGCCAACAUAUUGUUUUCUUCGGACUCUAUCGCUGAAAUAUUGGGUUACCAACCUCACGAGGUGCAAGGCAGAUCAUGCUUCGACUACUUCCACCCAGAUGAAGUACCAUUUGCAAGGACGGUUCACAGUCGGGGUGUUCGGCUGGAUAAAGCCGCGUCACUUCAUUAUGUACGAGUGCAAUCCCGAGAUGGCCAGUGGAUAAGCUGCGAGUGCUGCUUUACCGUCGUCCACGAUGUGUUGGUAGCAUGUACAAGCAUCUACAGGCGGGGAUCCAAGAGUCAGAGACGGGCGAUUGACGCACCCCAGAUUCGCCGUAUCUUCUCCAGCUCACCGAGAGACCCUCGUUACCACAUGUUGGAGCACCUCUCGCCCAAAUUCAAGAUGACUCCAGUGGAACGAGAGCCCCGUGCGGCUCUCAUCCUCAACAGAUUCACAAGACCGUUAUCGAUCAUGUAUGCGACAGAUGCUGUUGCUCAAAUCCUCGGCUUGAGGCCAGAACAGCUUCAGAAUAAAAGCUUCUACCAAUGUAUAGCAGACAAUUGCCUUGCAGAUGCCGUAAGGUGCCUGGAGAGCGCAAAGUCUAACGAUUCCAUCGCAUACCUUCGAUUCUGGUUCCGCGAUCCUAGGACACUGGAAGAUUUUGGUAUUGAGGAGGAUGGUGAGGUAGAUGGCCAUGCGGGCGGAGGCAGUCCCAGCAGCAGCGACUCAGACGGUGGUGCGCAGCUCGCAACUCCAAUGGACAUUGACUCGGAGGAGCCCGUGGUCAAGACAGAACCGAGGAGUCCUGAUGUUUCGUCAGCGGAGCCUAUGCAAACGGCCACUGGGGAGUCAUCAGCAUCAUCAGGUGCUCCAGUGGGUGUUGUCCCGGAGGGUUUAUCAUACCAGGCCUCUCACUCGGGACAAUCGCCCCCGCAGCCGGCUGCAGAUCAAGGUGCGCAGAACGGCAACGCGCAUCGUCCAGAGCCGAUAGCGACGUUCGAGUUAGAGGCCGUUGUCUCAUGCACAUCGGAUGGGCUCGUCGUGAUUCUUCGACGAGCCCGACCCCCUAUCCCAACGGCCUACCCGCCCUCGCUGCACACCGGCUUCCAGAACGGUCUAUUCGCAGCACCUUGGGGCGAGCAGCCGAUCCAGCCUUACUAUCCGCCAGAAAACUACCACCGUUUCAGCCCACCCCUGUUACCUGAGUACAUGCCGCUGCAGGAGCAUGUCAAGGCAGCCGGCGGACCACCGGUGGACCAACUCAUGCGGUCGAUUCGGGAUGUUGCCGUGUUUGCUUGGGCCUUGGUUGGCAUAAAUGGCAAUCUUGCCAGCCAUUGCCACGGAAUCCCCCAGGGUGAAGCACAGCCAGAUGGGCUGCCUAUCUGGGACCCGAAUGCGGGAAAAACAUCUUACCUAGGCCCCGAAAACCAAGCAAGCCGGCGUUGGUCACGUCCGGCGAUCAGCGAUGGCAAAGGCAAAGGCAUCGCCCACUCGACUGGCAUGAAUAUGGAUGGGUUUGCGGGAGCGGACCAUUACGGCAUCGCCACUGCGGGGCCAAGCACGACCACCCAGUCGUACUCCCACUCAAGUUGGACGAAUGCCGGACAGGAUGGCCACGGACUUGGGGGGCCAAUAUAUCAGCAGCCACAAUACUCGUCUCACAUGUUGCCUAGGAGCGAGGCAUAUACAGCGCAGGGACCCUGGGCGGAAGCAGGUGCAAAUGAAGCGCAGCAACACAACGGCAACCAAGGCAUUCCUACCACACAACCAUCAAAUGCCGAGGACGGGCAACCUUCUUCCCGGAACCUAUGGCAAUGA